AUGACGACUGCCGCCGCCGCAACGACGACGACGAGCGCCAAAACCACCGAGACAACGGAGACGAGCAUUCCCACCGAAUCGGAGGCGGCGGAGCACGUGGCCAACCGCUUUAACCUUGAUCUGCAUGAGUUGGACAAAUUCACCUUCCGCGAGGCCAGAACGGACACGCAGUCCUCAGUGGUCCUACUGGGUCAACGCGUGCAUCGACAGUACAUGAGUGAAUUCGUGCUGCCGGAUGAUACUCGAGUUGCUGUGCGUCGAGUUGAGUCCUCCUAUCCCUCAGACCACAUGCAGACUGUAACGGUAUGCCUGGCUGUGGGGCAUCCACAGGAUACGCUGUACACACCGUCGGAGGUGGGUUCCACUGCCACGCUGAACUACUCCGGAAGCCUGCCGUCUGAUAUGACAGACACAGAUGAGGGAGCUGACGGCGGCUGUGUACGUCUGCAUACUGGUGUCCUUAUUGCUGCCUUUUUUUCUCACGAAACAAGUGGUCGGAUCUAA